AGUGACGUCGAUGUGGGCGGGGUUUGGAGAAGGAAGUGAAAGGAGAAGAGAAGAUCCAAGAAGGGAGCGUAGCACAAACUUGGCUCGCUGGUUGGCUAGCUUUUCGACAAAGUGCCAAAUUUGCCAAGUGAUUAUAAGCAGCCGCUUCUGUCUAUAAUAUUUUUUCUUUUAAUUGUUGCCAAAAAUAGUUUAUACGACAUCGAUUUUGGCAAAGGUUUCGGUGCCGGGCGAGCUAGCUAACGUACCGCCUAGUUAGCUGUCAGCGAUCAACAGUAGCUAGCUCGUUAGCCAACACGUCCCAGCCGGCAAGAAGACCAAUUCUGUGUUACAAUCGAAAACAGCUCUUUGAAGAAUGACCUCCAGGAAGAAAGUGCUCUUGAAGGUCAUCAUCUUGGGAGAUUCCGGCGUCGGAAAGACGUCCCUCAUGAACCAGUAUGUCAACAAGAAGUUUAGUAACCAGUACAAAGCUACAAUAGGCGCAGACUUUCUCACCAAGGAGGUGAUGGUGGAUGACCGACUUGUGACCAUGCAGAUCUGGGACACGGCUGGCCAGGAGAGGUUUCAAUCGUUAGGUGUGGCAUUCUACCGUGGAGCGGACUGCUGCGUGCUGGUGUUUGAUGUGACCGCGCCCAACACCUUUAAAACCCUGGACAGCUGGAGGGAUGAGUUCCUGAUCCAGGCCAGCCCUCGAGACCCCGAGAACUUCCCCUUUGUGGUGCUCGGCAACAAGAUCGACUUGGAGAACAGACAGGUAACCACCAAAAGGGCUCAGGCUUGGUGCCAGAGUAAGAACAACAUUCCCUACUUUGAGACCAGCGCUAAAGAAGCCAUCAACGUAGAGCAGGCGUUCCAGACUAUCGCACGCAACGCCCUCAAACAGGAGACCGAGGUGGAGCCCUACAACGACUUCCCGGAGCCCAUCAAACUGGAUCGCAAUGACAGACAGAAGCCGCCAGGAGGCGGUGGCUGCUGCUGAGGAACAACCUGGAACAUCUCUCUUGGCUUUGGGCAGAUCAGUCACCUGCACCUCGCUCCCAGGGAACGGCCUUCCCUGCAAGUCUUCCUCCUUCAUUUCAUCCUCCUUACGCAAUAAGAAGUCGCUCACAGGUGUACCGCCUCCUUCUCUCACUUCAAUUCAAAAGUAUCUUGAUGAACUUUGUGUACAAAGAUCACACAAGAGGAGAACAACCCCCCCCCCCCCCCCUCACUGACACUCCGCAGUGAGCCGUCAACUUGUUGGGCCAGAUGAAGGCACCAUGUUGAAACCAAUUGGGAGCAUAACCGGACUGAUUGAUGUGAUGUUGGCUCGGCUCAGCAUCCCAAGAAGCCUGUUCGCUUUUUCUGUCCUCUUUCCAUUGCCUGUCAAAAGUAAUCGUCUUGAACUAUAUCUAUCCUAAUAUCUGUAUAUAAAAAUGACAUAUUUGAAUUGGCGGAUGUUACAUCUCAAGCCAAUCUGAAACACAUUUUUUGUUUUGUUUUGCACUUUCUUGCCUUUAUAUGUUCUAAUUGUAGAGGGAUGACUGAUUUUGGGCAACAUCUGCCACUGAAUACAUGCCUUUCCUGUGAGGCUAAUAUAUUUCUUGUGACUUUUCUUUGUUAAAAUUUCCCUGUUGAACACGUUGAUUGUAUGGCCUCCUCCAGUACAGACUUUUAACUGCUUCUCACUUCUGAAAAAAAUAUGCAUCACACCUACACGUCGCUCUUCUCACUUAUCGUCGUGUAGCUCAGGGAGGCCAAGUACUUCACAUUUUUAAUGGACUGUGUGUUACGGUGUGUAGAUGAGUCUAAAGGCUGAUAGAUGGAUGAAAAAUGUCAAUGACAACAAAAUAUUCAUCUUUCUGCCAUGGUAUUAUUCCUUCUCCAUGUAAAAUCACUGCAAUGCCAAUAAUGUUGUUAAUGGGAAUUUGAACAUCAAAUAAAAGAUCUUGAAUAUA